AUGGACGAGGCAAUCAAAGGCUCCAAGUUCAUGAAACGUCUCAUUGGGUUUUACCGGCCUUUCAAGUAUCGCUUCGCUUUGGUUCCGAACACAAAGGCAAAUCAACGAUAUGUUCGAACCGGCUGUGUUCUCAUGCGCACUCUCGUUACGACCCCCGAGGGCACCAAGUAUUUGGCCGAGAACAAAUUCCUUCGCCAGGUUGCAGAAUGUUUGGCCCAGCUGGACCGCAUGAGUGGGCUAACGUCUGCGUCCCCGCUUUUCUCCAAAGACCAGAUAGCCAAUACUCUAAGUGGAGGCUACUUUGCGAUGCUAGGAUUAUUAAGUGGCGAUGUCAACGGGCUGCUUAUGAUGGAACGAUGGCACAUGCUCAACAUGUUUUACCACAUCAUUGGGCUGCGAGAUCGGAAUGAUCUCAUUCAGACUUUGUUAGGAAACAUGGAUUACAGCCGCGAAAGUCAUCUCUGGGUUAUGCUUUCAAAGGCCCUGACAAUUGGUUCCAAGGAAAUCCGGAUCUUUGCAACGAGACUCCUACGCAAAAUUUCCCGUUGGGGAUGUAACUCUUUCGCCUCAUGUGGCAAUCGGCAAUGCGGAAUGGGUGGUCAAACAUCUUGUCACCCAAUUUUACGAUCCCGAGGUCACGGUCUGCCAGGUUGCCGUGAAAAUCCUAGAAGAAGCAUGCAAUCAAAGAGAUUAUCUCGAGUUCGUGGUCAAAUCUGGAUGGCCUCGAUUACAUCACUCAAGAGAUGGAUGACUGGUUCCUUGGUCGCAACGAUAGCUAUGUUGGUCUUGUUGAGGCUGCUCUUUCCCGAGCUUAUGUCGAACAACCACGACGUGGCAGCCUUGUCCCCGAGGAUUUGGUGGACAUCCAAGAUAUCGGGUUGGUACCACCGCAUUUAUACCGAGAACUUGCACGAACUGCCGAGGGGUACGAUUCGUGAUUUCAGGUUGGAUGAAGAAGACAAUGAAAUGCUUCUCAAAGCUAAAGGAUGUCUCUGGGCUGUCGGUAAUGUCGGCUCAAUGGAGCUUGGCGCACCAUUCUUAGCCGCCGAGAUCAUCCAACGGAUUGUGCAGAUAGCAACCAGUGCAGGAGUUCUCACUAUGCGAGGCACUGCUUUCUUCGUUUUGGGUUUGAUCUCUCGCAGUCGACACGGACUUCAAGUCCUGCGGGGUUUGGGCUGGGGUUCUGGUGUUGAUCAAAAGGGAGAUUCACUGGGACUUUGCCUCCCUACAGAUUUCCAAAACUUAUUCUUGAUUUCCUUCCCUGGCUUUGAUUACAGAUCGAAGCGAACUCCCAAGGAGAAACUCAAGGAAGCCACCACCGACUCCGAUUCCGCCAACUAA